AUGUCUUCAAAGAAUAGCGCAACAAAACGCGGAACACCCAGACGUCGCAAGAUUGCACUCGCCUGUGAGGCGUGUCGAGACAAAAAGAUACGAUGCGAUGGGGUGAAGCCAAUAUGUGGGCCUUGCGCACGGCGGUCAUAUACAAUUGACCAGUGUGUGUUCAAACUCGAGAAUGCGCGCUCGGCGAGCAAUGAUGCCUAUUUAAAGGUCCUUCAUGACCGGAUCCGAGAACUGGAAGAGACCUGCAUUCGGAAUGGAAUUUCGGUCUCACGCGCACCUUCGCAGAGUUUUGAUGGUGAAAAUACUCGAGGGCCUGCUGAAGCACAGAAAAUCACAGAAGCGAUGGAUUCCGAGUCUAGAAAAUCUGAGGCUGUAGAGGGCCUUCUGGGCCUUGGUUCAGGUGUUGAUUUCUCUCAUCUUCAACCAGCAUGUUCGUCAUCCAGGCCGUCGCAGCCGGAUCUAGUCCAACAAAGGCUAGGGAACUCUGGUCAGUUAGAUCAGCUAUCGCCAUCACGGGUUGGCCAUGAACGCACCACUCCGCUCGGCAAUUUGGACCAGCUUAACUCUGCCCAGAGUUUUGCCGUCGAUGCUACCCAAUCACCAUCGCUGAACUCGCAUGGGAAUGUCACGGCUAUGGGUGCAAUUUCAGUCGCGGAAGAUGGAGAAUGUACCGACUCCCCACGCCAUCAAUAUUAUGGCAACUCGUCUGUUGCAUCAUUUAUGCGAUUGGCAGGAGAAUCUAUGCCUAUUCAAUCAUAUAUGCAGGCUUUGAAACGCGCUGGAGCCGAUACCCCCGGGGCUUCUUAUCGAGAUACGGGCCUAUGGAGAGAUAUUAACUUCCCUACCUUAGGACUGCAAUUUGAUGACUUCUCUCUCCCACCUAGAUCUUUGGCUGAUCACCUCCUGGAGUGCUACUGGGAUAGAGUGUAUUGCCUCUAUCCGUUCUUCCACCGACCGAGCUUCGAGCAAGCAUAUGAAAACCUGUGGGGUUCAAACAAAUGGCCCAAGCCGCAGUUACCAGAACUUAAUAUCGGACUAGGGGGAUCUUUUGAUUCUGGUCCUCAGUCCAUAGUCUUCCAUUGCGCACUUAAUGCCAUAUUUGCCCUCGGUUGCCACUUCUCCGAUAUUCCUGCCACUGAAAGAGAGACCGCCGCAUACUCAUUUUUUCUUCGAGCUAAACGGUUUGUUGGACUUGACCUUCUCGAUACUGGUACAAUUGGUGUUGUUCAGACACUUCUUGUUAUUGCAUUACUGCUACAGAGCACACCUUACCCAAACCGGUGUUGGAACUCCAUUGGCGUCGCUUGCCGGGUUGCCCAAGGCCUCGGUCUGCACGAGACAGUGACCCAACUCUCUGUCAAGCCUCUUGAAAAGGAAAUUAGACAACGCACGUGGCACGGUUGCGUCAUAUUAGAUCUAAUCGUAAGCAUGACUUAUGGGAGACCGAGCAUGGUUUCCCACAUAAGCCCGGUCCCAUUGCCUGUCAUGAGACCCCAGUCUCAAAGUGAUGACCCAUGUAGGCUCAGCGGGCAGGGCUGUGACCAUGACCUUGGGUACAUGAUUUUCUAUGUCUCGACAAUCAAGCUUUACAAAAUUCUUGAAUCUAUAUUGUCCGACAUUUACAAUGCCUGGCAAAGUCGAUCGGAUCAUCGGCGUCCAAUGUCUCCUCGGCGUGCGAAACAGAAUAGUUUAGACCUAAUUAUGGAGCUUGAUGACAGGCUCUCUUCCUAUGAGACAAGUGUUCCGACUAUUCUUAACUGGUGCAUUCCACAUGCGUUUACCAGUGAACACAUCAAUCAAAGAUCCAUAUUCAAACGACAGCAGAAUGUCCUUCGCGCAAGGUUUAUUCAUCUUCGCCUUCUUCUAUACCGCCCGAUGUUCACGCAGCUAUGCUCCGAGGAACGCACCGGCUUAGCACGACAACCCAGCACUAAUGCCACUCCACAGACUUCUCGACCAGGAAAGAAUGCCAUAUACUUUUCCAUGUCUGUGAAUUGUGCCUCUGCUUGUGUCACAGCAGCUAUGGACCUUGUGUUGCUUGUGUAUGAGACUUAUAGAACGGCAUUUACGGACGCAUGGUGGUAUAAUGGCUUCUAUACAUCAACCGCAGGAUUUGUGCUCAUCAUGUCAUACUCUUGUCGUUCAAUACUAAACCAAAUUGACGCUCAUGCUGUGGACGAGGCAUGGGGGAAAUGUGAAGAAAUCCUAACAAAUAUGGCAUCCUUCAGUCCAUCUGCUCGAAAUUCAUUGCAAUUUCUACAGGUCACAUACCAACAUAUUAUACAAAACUAUAGUGCCUCGACUCCAAACGAUGAUGACUCGAUGCGCGGGCCGACUCAAACACAACAAAGGGACAGCGAAAGCCCUACUCGAUUAGAUCAAUCUAAUCAGCCUGCUAAUGGGGACAUGCAAGAUUUGAGCUCUCGCGAUCCCGAUAUGAGCAGGCCGUCCAUAAAUCCCUUCAUGAACUGGGACGAGAUGGGUCUAGGGCAGGAAGAGUUUGGAUUUCUUGGAAGAUUUGAUUUACCGGAUCUUGCCAGCUGGUUUUCCGACGUUCCUGAUAUACCCUGA